AUGGAAAAGCUUCCACCACCUCCACCACCACCGCCAAUACCACGAAGACGAAAACGACAGCGACAGUCACUACCACCAUCAUUGCCGCCACCGCUACUUGCACCACUGCCACGACAAUCACGAGCGAUUCCUUGGCUUACUAGCCAUGAUGUCAAAAAAGGAAAAUCAUACGAGAAGUUGAGAAUAUACCUCGAUAAAGUCAUAAAACAAAACCAAGAAUCCGAAUUGGCUAAUCAAGAUCCAAAACUCGUUGUUUUACCCAAAAGUGUCGGUCCCUUUCAAGAACAAAACAUGCAGAACCACCAACACACUCGUUCCGAACCUGGAGUAAAGGAGACGACCGAAGGGAGUGGGAGCGGAGCCACACGACAUGAUUGGGUGAUAACGAUAAAAGACAAGCUCGAGCAAGCAAAUAGAGACGAUGACAUGAACAGCCGAAGCAACGUCUGUAUAUACAAAGUUCCACCUCACCUGCUGCAUGGAAACGACAAGAAGUCGUAUUUCCCUCGGACGGUCUCGCUUGGUCCGUACCACCAUGGGAGAGAGCAAACGGAGUCCAUGGAAUGCCACAAAUGGCGUGCCCUCAACAUGGUCUUGAAACGUACGAACCAAGGCAUUGAAGUGUUUAUCGAUGCCAUGGCAGAGCUCGAGAAAAAGGCUCGUGCUUGCUACGAAGGUCUUAUUGUUUUGGACAGUAACGCGUUCACAGAAAUGCUUGUUCUUGAUGGUUGUUUCGUUCUCGAGCUUCUCCAAGGAGUCGCUGAAGGAUUCUUGAAACUCGGAUAUGAUUCUUACGAUCCAGUUUUCGCGGUUCGUGGAUCGAUGCAUUCGAUUCAACGUGACAUGAUCAUGCUGGAAAAUCAAUUUCCUUGGUUCGUACUCCAACGGUUAUUAGAGCUACAGCCUGGUACACAUAACCAAACUGGUUUAGUGGGAUUAGUGGUUCGGUUCUUCAUUCCACUAAUGCCAACGGCUGAGACAUUGGCCGAGACGCCACCUAGAGGCGUAUCCAACGGCGAACUACACUGUCUUGAUGUUUUCCAUCGAAGUCUUCUCUUCCCAAGGUCAUCAGGCAAAGCAAAUAUAUCGAGAGUGGCUGACAAACACCUACAACGUGUGAUACCUACCGUGACCGAACUAAGGGAUGCUGGUUUUAAGUUCAAGCUAAAUAAAACCGAUCGGUUUUGGGAUAUUAAAUUCAACAACGGUUAUCUAGAGAUACCCAGUCUACUUAUCCAUGACGGUACCAAAUCUCUCUUUUUGAACCUCAUAGCUUUUGAGCAAUGCCAUAACGACUCAAGCAAUGAUAUAACAUCCUACAUAAUUUUUAUGGACAAUCUAGUAGAUUCUCCGGAAGAUAUUAGUUAUUUGCAUCGCCGCGGUAUUAUCGAGCAUUCGCUAGGAAGUAAUUCUGAAGUUGCGGAUAUGUUCAACCAAUUAUGUCAGGAAGUGGUUUUCGACACCAAAGAUAUUUAUCUAUCUCAACUGUUGAUUGAGGUUCAUCGUUGCUAUAAACAACACUACUCGAGGAAGUUGACUUCUUUGAAGACAACCUUGAAACACAAGUACUUAGAUAACCCUUGGGCAUAUUUGUCUUUCUUUGCUGCAGUUAUUCUACUUAUUCUUACAUUUUCUCAAAGUUAUUUUGCUGCUUAUGAUUAUUAUCAUCCAUCCUCUUAG